ACAGAAAGCGGUGGGAAUGAAAAGACUGAUUUCGUUUAUAAAUAAUACUAAUGGGGAAUUUCGAAUUUUACAAUUUGGGAAGAAAUCUGCUAACCUUCUGUCGGAAUCAGAGUUUUCAACUACCGCAAAAGCUGAAUGGGAGCUAGUUAGGGUUCCAAGCUCUUGGAACAAGAUUUUGGGCGUUGGGUUCAGUGGGAGGAGUAGUGUUUGAAUGUUUUUGCAAUGAUUGAAUUGGGGGAGGCAUCUGAACCCGGGUCCAGACUGAUGACUUGCAGAUUGGUGAGAAGUGGUUCGUUUGGUGAGGAUGAGCGCUUUCUCCGGCAGGUGAGCUACGGGGCAAGCGGAGCUAGGAAUACUAGUCCUCUUGGCCGAUUGGGGUCAAGGAAUACAAGCCCUUCUAGGCAGAAAGUCGUUAAGACGAAGCCCCGGGGUUUGGAUGAAGAAACUGUGACAACGUUUUGUAAAUCUGCUCAGCCAGAUGUUCACAUGGAGGAUAACAUAUGGGCUAUGCUACCAGAGGAUUUGUUGAAUGAGAUUUUGGCUAGAAUUCCGCCCUUUAUGAUGUUUAGGCUCCGUUCUGUUUGCAAAAGAUGGAACUCGAUUUUGCAGGAUAAUAGCUUUCUGAUGUUUCACUCACAGGUGCCAUCUCACGGGCCUUGCCUUCUGACUUAUUGGAGGAAUCCUCAGACUCCUCAGUGCUCUGUGUUUAGCUUGCCGUUGAAGCAGUGGUUCAGGAUUCCGUUUAAUUUUCUACCACCAUGGGCGUUCUGGUUGGUUGGCUCUUCUGGGGGUCUGGUGUGUUUCUCGGGAUUGGAUGGCACGACUUUCAAGACGUUAGUUUGCAAUCCGUUAACUCAAACUUGGAGGACUUUGCCAAGUUUGCAUUUUAAUCAGCAGAGACAGUUAAUUAUGGUUGUUGAUAGGAAGAAUCGAUUGUUUAAAGUCAUAGCCACUAGUGAUAUUUAUGGGGACAAGUCGUUGCCCACUGAAGUAUACGACUCAAAGCUAGACAAAUGGUCGCUUCACCAAACCAUGCCUGCUGUAAACCUAUGCUCCUCGAAGAUGGCUUUCUGCGACUCAAGGUUGUAUCUGGAGACUCUUUCACCACUCGGUCUAAUGAUGUACAGGCUUGAUACAGGCCACUGGGAGCACAUACCUGCAAAAUUUCCCCGGUCUUUGUUGGAUGGAUAUUUGGUGGCUGGGACUAAGAAACGCCUGUUUCUAGUUGGAAGAAUUGGGUUGUACAGUACUCUACAGAGUAUGAGGAUUUGGGAGCUCGAUCAUACAAAAUUUGUAUGGGUUGAGGUCAGUAGGAUGCCACCAAGGUUCUUUCGGGCUCUUUUGAGACUCUCAGCGGAGAGAUUUGAAUGCUUCGGGCAGGAUAACUUGAUAUGCUUCACAUCGUGGAACCAAGGGAAAGGUCUUCUAUACGACGUGGACAAGAAGGUGUGGUCUUGGAUUGCUGGAUGCGAUCUUCAAUCCUACAACAGCCAGGUCUGCUUCUACGAGCCCAGAUUUGAUUCAACGAUAUACUGAUGAGCAGAUCCACAUUCUAUACAUCCCCUUUUGAUCUGCAUCCCAUGACCAAAAAAGACUCACUCUCAUCAAUUCUGACAUGUUCAUGAUUGCUGAAACCGGCCGUCGAUCAUGUUCUUCAAGGAACCAAUUUUCGAUUGAGUAGCUCCGCUCCCUUGCAAACAGAUCAAGUCAAGUUGACAUAUUGUAAACUACUCAUCCCAUAUCUUUGUUGUAUAUCUAUGCGAUGAGCCAUUUUUAUAGUUGUGGAACUCUUCUUGUCGAUAUACUGCUUUCCUUUCCUUUCCUUUCCUUUUUUGGUGUUGUGAUAAAUCUACAUAGUUCACAAAUAGUUUGUGACA